AACACGUGCUUUCUGGGCGGCAUCGUGCUUCUGGCAUCGACGGCACUCAGCUCGCGGCCCGGCGCUCGUCCGAGCAGCAUGAGCCCGAGCGAGUUUCGGACCAACGUCGACGUGGACGGGGACGACACGCCCGACUUCCGAGGCUCCGGUUCCGACCGCGGUCUUUCCUCGCUCACCAGCCGCCUGCCGUGGGGCGUCAUUGUCAUCUACGGCGCCGCGUCGGUGAUCACGCGAGUCGCACAGACGACGGGCGUAGCCAAAGUGGCGUUCGACACCCGGUUCUGGAGCCAGCAGUCGGACCUGGUCAAGCAGGUGCUGCUGACCAUCGCGUCGUCGCUCAUGGCCGAAUUCAUGAACGCGACCACGCUCUGCGACGCCAUCCUGCCCAUGGUCGUCAGCCUCUCGACGGACACGGAGCAUGACGCCCUGUACUUCGGCUUGCCCGUAGCAGUGGGCGCCUCGGUGAACACCAUCAUGCCGGUCUCGCUGCCGCUGGUCAUGCUCCACGACGUGGCUCCGGUCACGCGCAAGCAGCUGAUCCUGACCGGAGCCUUCGUGAAGACCGUGGUGGUGGCCAGCAUCCUCGUCUCAAUGAACACCACGGGAGAAUACGUUUUAAACAGCAGCAGGCAAUUCAACAACACCGAGAGUCUACAGACCCUCCUGUUAGGCUAAACCAAUGGAGAAAGGACCGCGCAAGCUGCAAC